AUGGAACUAAACCGGUCGGGACAACAUAAUGGCCAGAAUAGUCCGCAGCCUGGCCCUUUUGGCUAUUCCUUCCUCUCUCCUACAGAUACCCCAUUCGAAAUUGCUCCUGCGCCACCUCCCGGGCCGGCGCUCUUGGAUCACGAUGAAUCAUUGAUGUUGGAUAACUUCUUCACUACGAUGAACUCAAAUCAACUCUCCAGCGACUUUUGGCUGCCGAGUCAGUCAAACAAGCCAUUUGGCACCACUAACUUCGACUUCUCUGAUGAGCUCCUCCCCCCGACUUUCGAAGGGUCCACGACAUCUCUUUCAUCACAGCCAUCGCUCUCUCAUCGCAGCAUAGACAAGCCGCUUAUGGAUGUGAUGCCUGGGAACCUGGGUGCCAACUCAGAUAUAUUCGCGGCUGCUUCCAUGCUAUACCAUAAUGGGAUGCAUGGGGCCGAAUUCAAUACCAACUUAGGAUCACAUUCAUAUCCAUCUCCGGACAUAGAUUUCAGCAGCCUCAGAAUGUCCACUCAUGGGAAAUUUCAACCGCAUCCCAGCCAUGUGCCCUUGAAACAGCCCAACAGCUCAUCCCGUCCUCGGUUGCCCCAUGGGUAUCAUACCUCUGAGAUGCUCUUCGAUGUCCGUGAACCGAUAUCGCCUGAACAACAGCAAACCGCCAAGGUUCGUCCACUUCAUUGGGGCUCCGAUGAAAGUUUCGUGGAUCAAGGUUACAUUGCACCGCCGGAUCAGCCAGAUGAAGAGCAGCGCACGAAAGAAUUGCUCGGUCACUUGGCAUGUUUUGAGGCUCAAAGCAGUGCCGCAAACACUCGAGCGCCGAGUCCAGUGCGUGUCACUGGAAACUAUGAUGCGACAUGGACGGAUACAGAUGCGGCUGGACAACUCAGCUCUCUGCGCAGAGAGUUCAAAGACAGCAUGGAAGAUCUUUCCCAACCCAAAAAGAAACAAAGAGUUUUGGUUAAGGAAGAAGAAGACGACGACCAUACGGACGAGGAAAGUUCGCGGCCAAGAUUAAAAAAGUCCAAGGCUUCAUCGUCAAGACGAAUGUCACAUGACGCCGUCCGGAAGCCAAGGCUUUCUCAAGGUCCAAAGCCCGCACGAGAGAACCUGACCGAAGAACAGAAAAGAAGCAACCAUAUACUUUCGGAGCAAAAGCGAAGGAACUUGAUCAGACAAGGGUUCGAUGAUCUGUGCACGCUUGUUCCUGGCCUAAAAGGCGGCGGCUUCAGCAAGAGCGCAAUGCUCACGCAGGCGGCCGACUGGUUGGAAGAAGUAUUGCGCGGCAAUGAUAUACUCAAAGCACAGCUAGCGGAGCUGAAAGCCAUGAAUGGCUUGGUGAUGCCCCGGUAG